AUGGCGUGCCAAGCCUACGUGGCUAUGGUGGUUGGGGCCGGCAGCCGCGUCCGUGGCUUCACCGAGGAGUUCCACACAUCGAGGGAUCAACGGGACGGAAGAUGGGUUGGCGAUGCCAAAGACGAGCUUCGAAAGUCCAAGUCGCUGCAGCGUGCAUGUACCAACGGCUCUAGCGAUGUUCUGGAAGGCAAGCUGCCAUCACUGUCGGGUGCAAGCGAGCCAGAAAGGGAGCCGAGUCGUUGUCCGCGCCGGCUUUGGCCACUGGAAUUGUUGGACAUCUCGGAUCCUGAGCAAAUCCAAGUGGUUUCGGAGGUCCUUCGCUUCUCGCCCUUGGCGAUCCGACACCUGCUGGAACAUUACGUUUUUACCUCCGGCACCUUGGACCGCAACGAGAUGCAGCUCCAUGCCUCGGGGCAAGAGCUCGCUGGGCCACAGCUCUUUGGUCGAUGUUUGGGUUUCAGUGGGACGCCCAACGACUUGUUGCCCAAGUCCUUGGGCCGCUGUAUCUACGCUGUUGGAGACGAUGGCAAGGUCUUGCAGGCCCUUAGUAACACCGAGACGGUCACAACUGUGGAGCAGGGUGCCCAGCAGAAUGGAGAUCGCUGGGUCAGUGGAGCCCUUCGAGCAUUCUGGAUUUGGUGCGCAGUUGGAGCCGCUGGAGCGGUUGGUCGGUCGCCGAAACGCGUCGCUGACGUCGCUGCGAUGACUGACGUGGCGAUUGAUUUGCUAGAUGGCGUGGGCGUGGUGUCCAUGCCGCCUGAUGUGGCCACCGCCGAACGCCUGGCACCCUUGCCCCCCGGCGCGCAGCCGGUGGGUUCAGUGGCUGCCGGGACCCAGGAGCGCGUGGCUGGAAGCCAGGCCUCGGCGCCUGGCGUUGGCAACGGGGCUGGCGUGGGCAACGGGACCGUGACAACUGGACCCGUGAGCAAUCCUUUAACGCUGCGACAUGAAAGGCUGCAGGGGAAGAUCACCAAGUUUGUGGGGCAAAGUGGCACAGGAUUUUUGAAAAGUCACUCCUUCGAAGGUGAAUUGGGAUUCAAAACAGACAAUGUAAUGUUGGAAUGUCAAAACUACGAGUUCAAAGAGGAUGAAAGUGUGGAGUUUGAUGUGCAAGCAGAUGAGCGUGGAAGGCCACACGCGACUGCACUCAAGCCAGUAGUUGGCCGCAAGCCUAGUGAUUGCUUGGGUCAAAGGCACAGAGGCUACGUGCGGCGUUUCGCCGACCGUUGGGGCUUCCUCAAUGCCGCAGCCUUCGAUGGAGACUUGUUCGUGCAUAGAGACAACCUCCUUCUGGGACCAGAGCAGAUCCAAGAUGGGCAACCACCUUUGCGCACAGGUCAAGCUGUGGAGUUUGACAUUGCCCUAGAUGAUCGAGGUCGUACAGUUGCCAAGCAAAUCACCACCAGCGCAUUGCUCCGGCCUUGCGAUUGGAUUGGUCGACGCCUACAGGGCGUGAUUCGAUCCUUUCAGGGUGCUUGGGGUUUUGUGAACUCCGACAAAUUCGCUGGAGACUUGUUUGUUCAUCGGGAUGCUCUGCUGCAACAGUUCCAAGAUGUGGAGCUGACUGCUGGCACCGUGGUGGAAUUUGACGUCGAACGAGAUCAUCACAAGAAAAGUGGUAAAAACAGACUGGUGGCGCGACAGGUGUCCAUCCUCCACCCUGGUGGCUUUGGCAGCGGAUUCACAGGCUUCGCCUCGAUGCCGUUGGGGAUGAUGCCGCAGCAAGGUCAUGUAGACCCAAUGGUGGCGCAUUAUGGUGGCAUGUAUGGUGGAGUGGCCCCACACAGCUACGCACAUCCGCCUCUCUACUAUCAAGGAGCCUCUGCCCUGGCAGAUCAGCCGUAUGGUGGGGCCUCCUACCCCUACGCGGAGCCCUAUCAGCAGGGCCAUAGUCCCGGUGGUCCUGGUAUGGUGCCAGUGCCAGUCUCAAUGCCACAAGGACAGCCUAUUUUGCCCGUGGCCUGUGGACAGUGCAUGUCUCCAACGCAGUUCGGCACAAGUCCCAACGUGGCCACCGGCUGUACCCCGUCUGGCGUGCAGUCACCCAUCAAUCAAGCAGCUCCCAACUUCCAGGCGCCGUACCAACUGGCCUUCUCCCAGAUCGGCGAUGGCGGCGGCAUUCAGCAAUCGAUUGGAGCUGGCCCUUCGCCUGCUCAACCUCCUGAUGGUGAAACCAACGAGGGAGCCCAGGUGCUCCUCCACAUCACCACGCACGAUUGGGAACCGGAUCAGACCGGUCAGCUGCGAGUUCGUAAAGGUACCCUGGUGAACGUUUCGCAUCGCGCAGCUCAUGGCUGGGUCUAUGCCGCCACCGUGAAGCAUGGAGAACAAGCGAGCGAUCCACCGAGCGAAGGUUGGGUACCUCAUGCUGUGGCCAAGCGAGUGUCUCUUUGCCGAGUCGCUGCAGAAUGGCCUGAAGAAGGUGCUGGCACCUUGGGCCUGUUGAAGGGAGACCUGAUCGCUGUGUCCAAGGAGGCCGAAAGAGGAUGGGUCUAUGGAGAGCGCAUCAGCCCGAAACGUCCGGACUCUCCAGUGGAUGGUUGGCUCCCCAAGAAGGUCCUGGAGUAUAUCCUGGUUUGA